AUGAAGAUUUCUUCAAUGCCGUAUUUAUUUUAUUUUAUUCUAUUUAUUUAUUUAUAUAAAAAAGGAGGGAGGACGGGAAAAAGAUCAAAGAUAGGGGAAAGACAAUUCAUGCAGCGACAAGCACGGCUUCCGCAUGGUGUAAAUGACGCCUCAGAUGUAUCGCGGAUGGAUCCAUGGAAAGAUGAUCGUUGUCGCGACUUCAUCGCCCUUAACACCAUUCAGCGGCUGCGCUCUUACCAUGCAGAUACACUACUACCUGUGGAGCCGAUAAAUAUUCCUCGGGCGAAAAAUCUCCUCUUGUUGCCAAAGGCAGGACCGGAUGCCAGGACAUGCGAUACCGAGGAAGGUUGUGCUAUUGACACAGCGAGAAUUUUAUUCUUUGGCCCUAAAUCCUUCACUUCAUUGAAGUCACCAGGAUGCAUGACUGCCUUUCCACACGGUGGUGGCAACAGUGGUAGCCGAAGUAGUUUUUCUCAUAGCGAGGAAGUGAGAAAGUCAUCUUCUGCCAAAAGAUUUUCACAAACUCCCUCUAUGCCUUUGAACUGCUCUCCGUCAGUUGAUUCGUGGCAGCAACAAGGUGAGUUAAAUACGACGACUGGAGAGGGUGGUGGCACAUUAGACAACGGUGGAAUUAAGUCGCAAGGGACCCAUCAAGAGGCAUUUGAUGCGGGGGCCACACCGUUAAGGCGUUCGAUGAGUGAUGCCGUGACAACCCCAGCCCCCCGUCCACCCGAGCCUAUUACUGGAGUUGUCACCACAUGUGAGGAGGGUAAUGAACAUAUAAAUGAAGGACGUAAUGCUUGUCAAACUGUUUCUGGUGUUGUAAAAUUUUCAUGUGCCAUUGUGGACGCUAUCGUGGCAUACUAUCAGUCCCUUCUUAGCCGAGGCGUCGUGUUAGAUCGGUUUAACUCCAAAGACUUAGCCUUUUCAUGGUGGGUGGUUGGACGGAACAUGGAUGUGGCAGCUUUGCAUCAUUAUACAGGACCAAUGCGGCGUGACUCUUUGGUGAUUCUUGUCCGUCAUUUUUACUACGAAUUACUCGUGGAGCAGCGGCCAAAGAAAAGUCUCCUGUCAGGCCCGGUUUUUGUGCAGUCCCAGGGACAAAAUGAAGAGAGGAAUGAGGCUGCCACUGCCUCACCGAAGCCGGAGGAAGAGACGGUGUGGACGGACUCACAUGACCAAAGCGAAGAUGCACAAUUGCCACAGACAACGGGGAAUGAUGCCACGAUAACAGCUGCGGGGGAAAAGGGGGACGGGGCAAAAAAGCGGCCACGUAGUCGCCUUGAUCCGACUCGCACAAGUCCGCUUCCAGUUAGUAAUCGUCUUUGCCGCCGACGCCGUCUGGAGGAGGGCACAAAUGGUGAGAAGCCAAGCGAGGCGGAGAAAUCAACGGGGGCUCCGAAGGCUAUCGGAGCAUCUACUGUAACGAGCAACCGAACGGCGUCGGCGUCCAAGCAGGCACAACAUUCCAAGGGACAGUCGAUAGUGCAGACACCCGUUGCGAAGAAAGUUACUGUACCCACGGCACAAAUUGAACCAACAACACCAAAAACACCCACGGCAGCAUCUUCAUCGUCCGUCGCAACGGCAUUAGAGUCCACCGCACAAGAGAAGUCCCACGUUGCCGCGACGCAUGCUGGAGAGGACACUCCACCGGUUGAACGGCCACAUCGAUCUUCUCGUUCAGCGAACAUCGAAGAUGUUUGGCGUCCGAUUCGCUUAACACGAAGGCGUCUUCCUCCCUCUGAAAAUAGUACUGAUUUCACCGAGGCGACCUCAACAAUAGCAGAAAGGGGAUCUGCUUCUGUGUCAUUUCUUAACCUUAUAGUAGAACGAAUUAAUAAACGGAUGGCAAAUGAUUCUAACUACGCUGAUCUUCUUACGGCAUUUCCAACCAGGAAUUCUGAGGUGGGAUGCCACAAUGUUCUCUCAAAUACCGGGAACGAUAAUGCAAAGAUACUUCAUGGCAUGCAUCCGGCGUUGAUGCAGCUUUUUCGUUAUUAUCAUACAUCCGCUCCCGAUUUGUUUGUGCCACGCACCGGAUUAUACAUGGGGGAGGAGGCAGGAACGACAGAGGAAGAGAAAACCAACAUGGCGGAAAGAGCAGCAAAAAACAAAAUUGCUUCCAUCUUUGAGGAAAAUGGGGAGAACGGAGAGGAACAGCAGAUCUCAGUCACUAAGCGGGAGCCUUCUACGGCACAGUCUCAUGAUAUGAUUACUGCCUCGGAGACUCUUGUUAAAGUUGAGCAUAUAAACGAAGAUGCCAUUUCAUCAGAGCCAAAUGGGCUGAGGGACGAGAGCCACGUGGAUGCAGAAGCAAAGGCACCUCUUAUGCAGCUUCCCUUUUCCUUUUCGGAGCUGACUUACGCCCAGCGAUGCCUGUUAACCUGGGAGGCCUCAUUGCUUCUUAACCCACGACCAACACUACCGGUGAAGAGGGGAUCACAAGCGACAUCGGGCGCCACAAAGUGCCAAGUCAAGCCCUCUAUAGCUAAGCAAAGGCACUACUAUGACUACUGGGGGAACCCAUAG